AGGUAGAUUUGGAGGGGGACUUGAAUGAUGGUUGUACUGAUGAUGAUAUAAAAUAUUAGUUACUGAUUUACUUAAAAAUGACAAAAGACAAUAAUAUUAACUUUCAUCGGGAACUUUUAGUGUCUAUACUCAGCUCCGGAAUUACAAAAGAAAAACUAAUAGAGAUAAUUCACGAGUUAGAAAUACCUGAAGAGAAAGAUAAAACAACCGCACAAAAUGGCAAGCCAGAGCAAAGUCCAAAAAAAGAACAGAUUCAAAAUGAUGGCAAAAAAGAAGCGAAUCCAUCUAUUGAAAUAAAACAAGUACAUCCAAUUAAGGUAGACGAAAAGCAAAAUGUGGCAGAAAUGAUUUCACCCGUUUUACAUGGUCCAGCAUCUGCGAUACCAGAUAGAUUAAUGAGGGAUGAUCCUUGGAAGGUGGCUCGCUAUAUCAAAGGCUAUAUGCUGAGACAUAACAUACCCCAACGAGAGGUAGUGGACAUUACGGGCCUCAACCAGAGCCAUCUAUCUCAGCACCUGAACAAAGGGACUCCUAUGAAACAACAGAAGCGAGAACUGUUGUACAACUGGUUCACGAAGAAACAAAAAUCAGUUCAAAGUCAUUUCAAUCAACAUGGGAAGAAUGAGAGUCAUGCCAUAGAAGACAGUCCUCAACAGGAACAUGAUACGGAUGAUGAGCCAGCAGCGAAACGGAAACGCAAUCGCUUUAAAUGGGGUCCUUCAUCCCAAGAUAUUUUGUUCAAUGCAUUCAAUCGAAACAGGAAUCCAAAUAAAGAGGAGAGAGAGAAUCUGGUUCAAGAAUGUAAUAGAGCCGAGUGCCUACAAAGGGGGGUGUCACCGUCCCAAGCUGCUGGCCUGGGGGAUAAUAUUGUGACAGAGGUCAGAGUCUACAAUUGGUUUGCAAACAGGCGGAAAGAAGAAGCAUUCAGAUAUAAGUUGAAUCAUGAUGACAAUAAUUAUGACAGUACAAAAAUAGAAGAGGGAUACAUGGAUAACGAUGUUGCCAUGGAUACAAUGGAAGCUGUGGGGACGAGACAACCACAAGAGAGGAGUGAUGUUACACAUAUCAGGCAACUCCCAGAUUCAAAUCCAGAAGUUCGAAGUCACAGCAGAGAGAUGUCUGCUUCCACUCAAGAAAAUAGUUCCAACAGUAUUGGGAAUGCCAUCAGAGAUGGAAUGUUAGUUGAACAGGAGAAAGCCCCAGAGAUGUCCCACCACAGUAGCCAAGGAGCAACAUACCCUAGCAACCAUUACCCCCCUAGCCAAGGUCAACCAAUGUCUGGAAUUCAAAGUCACCAAGAUGGAGGUCAAGGUCAGGGUUAUUACCAGACUGAAGGUCAACCUAACCUACUGCAGAAACAUCUAAUGCAUGGAAGAAGUGAGAGUGGAGGGAAAUAUCAGACGCUACAACCAGCAAGUGGUGCCACCUAUCAACAUUAUGUCCAACCAAUGCCACCAGCAUAUUCGUCACAUUCAGGUGGCCAGCACUAUAACUCUUACACAGUACUGCAGGGGAAGCCACAACCUGUCCCCACCCUAUUAUCCCCCACCUCCCAGAUGCCAAAACUCAGCCUACCCCGGGGAACAACAUCCUAUUAUCCUGUUGAGAGAAAAACUGCAGAGGGGAUGGUUUCCAUGGCAACAGGAAGAGUUAAUGUGAUGUCACCGUAUGAGGAUACCAAGGCACAUACUAUUGUCCAGGAUGUUGUUGCCAUAGCGACUAGUGAUCAGCAAUGGAGGACAGCGAAGGAAGUGAUUGUACAACCAAGAUUAAGUGCCACCAAUGGAGGGGGGUACUUUAUGCAGGAGGCACGGGAACCACCAACUAGUCUUGUCACAGUUGUCCACACCCCCGUCAUGACAACAGCUCCCUCUGUGACAACCCUCAUACGACCCCAACCUGGACAUGAAUCAAUGGUUGUAGAAUACCCGCCUGGCCAGCCAAAAGUAUAUUCUCCAACAAAAAUGUAUUCCCCUACAAAGGUAUACUACCCAGUCAGAACAAUGGCAUCAUAUGCAGCAUACACGCCACCCCCGGCAACAGUUGCUCCCCAUGAGUCAACGGCCACGAAUGUCAAGGUUGUCAGUCAGAUUCUAAGCACAGCCAUGUCAGAAAGUGGAAUUGGUCCUGAUGUUGUAGGAAGAGUUGUAAACACAGGAGCCUAUCAGACCAUCUCCCCCGGGCCUACCCCUCACCCCCCAGGUGAAUAUGUUCUCACAAACCCUGCACCCGGUGGUUACUACACCACGGAAAUUCCAGUCACACAGACCAGCCUUAGUUCAGCAGCGCCAUCUAUGGCCAUUUCAAACCCGAGUGUAUUCUACCAGACAAAAGCAGCAAAUGACAGCCGGUCAAUGACACCAUCUCAAGCUGCUACCACAGUUGCCAUGCCAACCCCACGUUAUGAGGUCACAUCUACAAGUCGUGGUGAUGCAGAUGAUUUCACAAACAAUAACUCCGAUGAGAAAAACCUAAAAGGUACGAAAGUAACUGUGACAGAAUUUUCUCCAGCUAUAGUUGCCGUGACAACUCAGAGGGUGACACCACCUCCUCAUCCAGCACAUAUAACAAACAAUGAGAAGAUGGAAUCAAGCAAACAGGAUAACACAGCUGCAUGAAUCAGUUAGAAUGUGCAUGUAAUCAACAAUGUGCCCCAGGCAAAUGUGCAUGCUUUCAAUAAUGGGCAUGCUUUCAGCAAUAGGCGUGCUUUCAACAAAGGGCAUGUUUUAAACAAUGGGCAUGCUUUCAGCAUAGGCGUGCUUUCAACAAUGGAUAUGCUUUCAACUAUGUGCUUGCUUUAAAAAAU